UGUAUUCCGCCAUUUUUCUCUAACUAAAUUUCCAGACUCUCAUCUCAUUUUGUUCAUUUUUAUUUGAUUUUCUAUUUUAACUCAAGUCAAGUGUUUGCUUUGUUGUUUAUAUUAUUGUUGCUUUUCAGUUUCCGCAAAAUUUAUUUAUAAUGGUGUACGUUAAAGGAGAUGGAACUGUAGUUGAACAAAGCCCCUUUAGCAUAUUUGGAUGGUUUUGGGGAAUAUUAAAUUUUGUCUAUUUGCUGUUCCAAACAUUAAUCAACCCGAACUUCAAUAAACAUGGAGACAAAUAUGUGAGAGACUUCAGGCCACCUGGCAAUGGCCCCCCCAAGCCGCCCACGCGCAAGUUCGGCGGCUUCGGUCCCUCGGGCUCCGGGCCGGCCCCGCCCCCCGCCGGCGGCUGCGGCUGCGGAGGAUAACCAGUCGUUGUGAACCUUAUUACGUAAUACUUACGGUAAAGAUACUGACUUAAAAUAAUGUUAUCAUAACAAGGGCUGAUUUUUUUUAAGCGUUAUCUGAGGAAUAAUUUUGAUGUUGUCGCCAGUUAAUGUUUGUUGUAAUUAGAAAGUGACAGCUACAAUUUUAUUCCUCAAAUAACACUUAUCUGACUAUUGAAAAAUCUGCCCUAAAAAUAAUGUUAUCAUAAUAACUAUAGUAAGUACGGUCAUGUGCAAAGAAACCUGACUGCCCUCUCAUAGUAACAAUACUUCUGAGUGGGGUCAGAUUUCUCUCCCUUGUACUGUACCUGCAAUUUGAUAAGACCGGUUUUUUUUAUCAUAAUCAUAUAUAUGUAAUUAAAUAAUAUUUAGAAUGUAUUAUUGUUUUUAACUAACAUACUGGUAAGAAAUCGUAACUUUUAGUAUAAAAAGUUCGUAAUCAAAAAAACCAGAUAGUUAGAAAUGUUAUGUAGUAAUUCCGCUUUUAUUUUGUUAAUGAUAGUCAUAGUCAACUUUUUGGUACAGUAAUAAUGAAAAACAUUGAGAUUCCGAUCCAGAUAUUGGUCGGAAAAACACCGAGACUGAAUAUUUCUCACUAUAACUGUAUGUCAUGUAUGUUUAGGAACCUAGUUCAUCUUUAAUUAUCUACAAACAAAAAAUAUCUGAUAAUAUUAAUUAAUAAUACAAAAAAUAGAUCCAAAUAUUAACACAGUUAUUUUUGUCAUUCCUAAAUUACUUAAUAUUAUACACCUACUAACCUAAUGAUUCUUAAAACUAAUAGCUUUAAUUUAUUGUAAAUAAUUUUAUAGUAAAAAUAUAUUUAUUAUCUACCCAGUUA